AACCCAAAACCCUAAACCAAAUCACCUAACCCUACUCUACUAACCCCGUACCCUAAUUCUAACCCUAACCCCUAAACUUUAAAUAACCUUUGUCAUCAUGGGGAAGUGGGAAAUCUCCCCACAAACCAAGCCGCACGCACACGCACAAACACACUUUCCAUAGUUGGAGUGGGGAGGCCAGUGUAUCACCUGUUCGUCUGUCAUCACCCCUCUCUCUGGUGAAUGGACUUUUCCAUCACACUGACUGGUUGGCUGAGAAGUGAGAACACACACGCUGACAGACUGGCCAGUCGAUCUCUGACACACACUGUCUCCUGAUUACCUCAUUGUGUGUGCUGGCCCGUCUUUCUUUUCCCGGUGUUAACGGUUCCGGUACAUUAACAGCCAGCUGUUGUCGGAGCGCACGUACACCUCCUCUCUUACAUUACCCUCCAUCUCUCCCCCAUCCGUCCAUCUCCCUGUCCGUCCAUCCUCCUCACUCAUUCUGUUCUCAGAUGUGUGGUAGAUGAACAUGUGUGAUAAGCAGGUAUAUUAAAGGGACUGAUACACUGUAGGGAGUUAGUUUGUGCACAGACACAGAACAGGAAGGAGCACACAACAGGACAGGAAGGAGCACACAACAGAAUAAAACAGCUGGUUUCACAUUUUUUGUUUGUUUCAUUAAUUUCCUUCCCACCUUCUAAAAUGUGUAAAGGACUGUCCUCCCUUCCCUCGUCAUGCUUGGAGAAAGCAAAGGGGAUGCGGGUGAAGUUGAGCCACCUGGCUGACAAACAGGAGUGGACACAUCACAAACACAGGGUCCAUGAGGACAGGACUCUUCAGGGUCUGGAGUCUCUACUCAACGGCAAGAUUGGCCAGAAAGCUUUCCUCUGGUUCCUGCAGUCUGAGUUCAGUGAGGAGAACCUGCAGUUCUGGUUGGCCUGUGAGGAGUACAGGGUUACCCCCCCAUGGCAGCAGGGGGCCAAGGCCCAGUCUAUGUACUGCCAGUACAUCAACCCUGGUUCACCACAGGAGGUGAACCUGGAUGCUGAGACCAGGGAGGCUCUACUGAGAGUGAUGGAGGACCCUGCAGGCGACACAUUCCACGAGGCCCAACAACACGUCUACCACCUGAUGGCCAAAGACUCUUAUCCUCGCUUCCUGCGCUCCCCACACUGCCUGGAGGCCCUUAGGGUUCCUUAGAUAUUCCACAGCGCCACCUGCUGCCCCGGAGGACCACACAACAUAAUAACAAGCUGUGUUAUAUGACUACAUUCGAACUUAUACCAUUUAUAUUUAUACUCAAGUCUUAGUAUACACUCAUAUGUGAGUAGUAAGAUGUUUGUGUUUAUCAUAAAUGUGGAAUAACUAUGGUAUGUGUCCAUGCAGUUCUUAAUCAAGUGUUUUGACAGGAAAUGAGAUCAUGAGUAUUCUAGUCAAAUCAAAUUGGUCACAUACACAUAUUUAGCAGAUGUUAUUGGUCACAUACACAUAUUUAACAGAUGUUAUUGGUCACACACACAUAUUAGCAGAUGUUAUUGGUCACAUACACAUAUUUAGCAGAUGUUAUUGGUCACAUACACAUAUUUAGCAGAUGUUAUUGGUCACAUACACAUAUUUAACAGAUGUUAUUGGUCACACACACAUAUUAGCAGAUGUUAUUGGUCACAUACACAUAUUUAGCAGAUGUUAUUGGUCACAUACACAUAUUUAGCAGAUGUUAUUGGUCACAUACACAUAUUUAACAGAUGUUAUUGGUCACAUACACAUAUUUAGCAGAUGUUACUGGUCACAUACACAUAUUUAGCAGAUGUUAUUGGUCACACACACAUAUUUAGCAGAUGUUAUUGGUCACAUACACAUAUUUAGCAGAUGUUACUGGUCACAUACACAUAUUUAGCAGAUGUUAUUGGUCGAAUACACAUAUUUAACAGAUGUUAUUGGUCGAAUACACAUAUUUAACAGAUGUUAUUGGUCACACACACAUAUUAGCAGAUGUUAUUGGUCACAUACACAUAUUUAGCAGAUGUUAUUGGUCACAUACACAUAUUUAGCAGAUGUUAUUGGUCACAUACACAUAUUUAGCAGAAGUUAUUGGUCACAUACACAUAUUUAACAGAUGUUAUUGGUCACAUACACAUAUUUAGCAGAUGUUACUGGUCACAUACACAUAUUUAGCAGAUGUUAUUGGUCACACACACAUAUUUAGCAGAUGUUAUUGGUCACAUACACAUAUUUAGCAGAUGUUACUGGUCACAUACACAUAUUUAGCAGAUGUUAUUGGUCGAAUACACAUAUUUAACAGAUGUUAUUGGUCGAAUACACAUAUUUAACAGAUGUUAUUGGUCACAUACACAUAUUUAGCAGAUGUUAUUGGUCGAAUACACAUAUUUAGCAGAUGUUAUUGGUCGAAUACACAUAUUUAUCAGAUGUUAUUGGUCACAUACACAUAUUUAACAGAUGUUAUUGGUCACAUACACAUAUUUAACAGAUGUUAUUGGUCACAUACACAUAUUUAACAGAUGUUAUUGGUCGAAUACACAUAUUUAGCAGAUGUUAUUGGUCGAAUACACAUAUUUAGCAGAUGUUAUUGGUCACAUACACAUAUUUAACAGAUGUUAUUGGUCGAAUUCACAUAUUUAGCAGAUGCUAUUGGUCGAAUACACAUAUUUAACAGAUGUUAUUGGUCACAUACACAUAUUUAGCAGAUGUUAUUGGUCACAUACACAUAUUUAGCAGAUGUUACUGGUCACAUACACAUAUUUAGCAGAUGUUAUUGGUCACAUACACAUAUUUAGCAGAUGUUACUGGUCACAUACACAUAUUUAGCAGCUGUUCUUGCAGGUGUAGGGAAAUGCUUGUGUUCCUAGCUCCAACAGUAGUAUCUAACAUUUCACUGAGUAACUAGUCUUACUAGAUGCUCUUCUAUAGAGGGAGUUAUAACUGUAUUACUAUUAUAAACAUGUAUGUGCCCAGGAUUACGUGUAUGUGCCCAGGAUUACGUGUAUGUGCCCAGGAUUACGUGUAUGUUCCCUCGGAUUACAUGUAUGUGCCCAGGAUUACAUGUAUGUGCAGAGUUCAUUGGAUCGCAUGCUGAACUAGAGUGAAAUGUAGCCUAAACGAGAAACCUGUCUACUUUAUGUUGUGGGGAGGUUAGGGCUGUACAUUUCCCCUAACUUAACAGAAAUCCUGGUUGGAAGAUUCCCUGUCAUCUGAAUGGAGCUCCUCAGAUCUUCCCUGUCUUCUCUCUACUGUUCUCUAUCUGUCCAAUAAAACCACCAAAAACACA